CCUCAGCAUCAUCUGUCCUUUCUGAUAAGCGUGCCGGAUUUGUAGGACUCGGACGUUUAGGCCUUUGCACUGCACUAAAAUUUGAACAAGCAGGAUGGGAUAUUUUGGGCUCUGAUGUUUUCCCGUCGUACGUAGACAGUAUAAACUCAAAGACUCUCAAAAGCUCAGAGCCUGGGGUCGAGGAGGCAUUGCGUGCAUCAACUAAAUUGCGCGCCACCCUGAAUCUGAAAGAAGUAGUUGAGCACGCAGGUGUGAUAUUCAUCUUGGUGGCCACGCCUACAGGGGUCGGUGAAGAGGCCUAUGAUACUUCAACCCUCAGCAGAGUCCUUCGGGAUAUCGCUUUGCUUAAGCCUAAGAACAAGCAUAUUAUAAUAUGCUGCACUGUGAUGCCUGGGUAUAUUUCGACAGUCGGAUCAUACUUAAUCGAAGAAUGCGAAGGCUGCACAUUGAGUUACAACCCAGAGUUCAUCGCGCAGGGUGCGAUUAUGGACGGUCUUUCAAAGCCAGAUGUCGUCCUCAUCGGCGAGGGUAGUUCUGAAGCCGGAAAUAUUUUGCAGGCGAUUUACGAAGACGCCACUGAUAACCAUCCUCGAAUUUGUCGCAUGUCUCCAGCGAGCGCUGAGAUCAUGAAGCUAAGUGUCAACUGUUUCGUCACAACUAAGAUAAGCUUUGCGAACAUGAUAGGUGAUAUUGCCGAUGCUACCCCUGGUGCAAAUAAGAUAGACAUCCUUGCCGCUGUUGGAGGAGACAGUCGCGUGGGAUCGAAGUGCAUUCUUCCUGGUUACGGUUUCGGCGGUCCUUGCUUCCCGAGAGACAACAGGGCUCUCGGAACGUAUGCUCGCAAGGUUGGCAUCCUGCCAGAAAUCUGCGAUGCCACCGACUCGUACAACAAACUACAUGCCAAUACGAUGGCAAACAUUUUGCUUGCAAAGAAUCUUGACGAGUAUAUCAUAGAAGAUGUUGCUUAUAAGCCGAAAUGUCCCGUUGAUAUCAUAGAGGAAUCUCAACCGAUUGAGGUUGCGAAGCUCCUUGUGCGAGCUGGUAAACGCGUUACAAUCAAAGAUAGAAGAACGAUCGUGGACCUUGUGAAAAGAACAUAUGGCCGCAUUUUCUCCUAUGAGGUAAAUGAAGUUCUUGUCGAUUCAGUCAAGACCGAUAACCCACUAUCGAGCUAUAAACGCUAACAAAUAUGACUACUCGAGAAUCCUGUGUACCCUUGAUUGUUGUUGCACGCAGCAACAGCAGUUCCUAGAGGAACUUUUCUCCGAGAGGGCGGAUCUUCGCCCACUGUGUUCAGAUCGAAUUCCAGUCUAGCGAACUGAUUUUUUAAUUUGACCGUGAGAUUAAUGCUGG